GCCCACAGAAGUUUUAAGACUGCAGGAGAGGAGAGUAUACUUGUGUCCUACGACAGAGUAUCUUCACUUUCUCUCUCUUAGGGCUUCUGAUUCAAAACCUUCUUCGAUCUGUUUUCAUUCCAACCCGACGAUUCGAAUUCAAGAUGGAGGUUGGAGGCGAUCUGGACUCGAAGAUAGAGUCUCUGUUGAAUGUGGAGAAACAGAUGAGGCUUGCCGGCGAUGUAGCCGGUACCAAGAAGGCCGUCACUGAGAUUCUGCAGCUUUGCUUCGAAGCUCGUGCUUGGAAGACCCUCAAUGACCAGAUUGUCUUGAUUUCCAAGCGCCGUGGUCAGUUGAAGCAGGCUGUAACCUCAAUGGUCCAGCAAGCAAUGCAGUAUAUCAACGAGACACCAGAUCUUGAGACUAAGAUCGAGCUCAUUAAGACACUCAAUAGUGUAUCAGCAGGGAAGAUAUAUGUUGAGAUAGAGAGAGCGCGAUUAAUCAAAAAACUCGCAAAGAUUAAGGAAGAACAAGGACAGAUAGCUGAGGCUGCUGAUUUAAUGCAAGAAAUUGCUGUGGAAACGUUUGGAGCAAUGGCAAAAACUGAAAAAAUAGCGUUCAUUCUUGAUCAAGUUCGUCUGUGUUUAGACCGCCAAGAUUAUGUACGAGCACAAAUCCUUUCUAGAAAAAUCAGUCCAAGAGUUUUUGAUGCUGAUACUUCAAAAGAAAAGAAGAAGCCUAAAGAAGGCGAUGCUAUUGUGGAAGAGGCUCCAGCUGAUAUUCCAUCAUUAUUGGAAUUGAAGCGGAUCUACUAUGAAUUAAUGAUAAGGUACUACUCACACAGCAGUGAUUACCUUGAAAUAUGUCGCUGUUACAAGGCAAUAUAUGAGAUUCCCUCUGUCAAAGAAGACCCAGCUCAGUGGAUACCGGUCCUAAGGAAAAUAUGCUGGUAUCUAGUUUUGUCACCCCAUGAUCCAAUGCAAUCGAGUCUGUUGAACUCUACGCUGGAGGAUAAGAAUCUUUCAGAAAUUCCUCAUUUCAGGUUGCUGUUGAAACAGCUUGUUACAAUGGAGGUGAUACAGUGGACCUCUUUGUGGAAUACAUUCAAGGAUGAGUUUGAAAAUGAAAAAAACAUGCUUGGUGGCCCUCUAGGUGACAAGGCAGCUGAAGAUUUAAGACAGAGAGUGAUAGAACAUAAUAUCCUCGUUGUCUCUAGGUACUACUCGAGGAUUACUUUGAAGAGGCUUGCUGAGUUGCUUUGUCUCAGUAUUCAGGAGGCUGAAAAACAUCUUUCAGAAAUGGUUGUCUCUAAAGCUUUGGUAGCAAAGAUUGACCGGCCAAUGGGCAUAGUCUGUUUCCAGGCAGCCAAGGACAGCAAUGACAUUUUGAAUUCGUGGGCUAUGAAUUUAGAGAAGUUGCUUGACCUUGUGGAGAAGAGUUGCCACCAAAUCCACAAGGAAACUAUGGUUCACAAAGCUGCCCUGAAAGUCUGAAGACCUGGUGGAAGUAAUUGCAAGGUGCCGCUGUGUUCCGCCAUGUUUUGAAGACCAAUUGACAGAAACCAUAACCUUGGUCUUGUUAAAGUAGGAAGAGAUUGUGCUUCACUGCUCACCUCCAUCCUUUGGGUUUACUGAGCUCGAUUUGAUUCCACAUGGUUUCUGCUUGUCCUUUCUGUGUCAUUUCUCACUCCCCCCCCCCCCCCCCCCCCCCCCCCCCCCCGAUUUAUUCAUCAUAAUAUUAGAUUGAUAGCUGUGAUCUCAAAAACAUGGACAUAUGCGUAAGAAACUUGUAUUUGUCUAAUGCUGGAAUGAGCCAUGAAGUGGUUGGAGAUUGUUCACUUCAUACGGUGCAAUACUUACUGUCAAUUCGUUAGAAUUGAUUCACCAACUGGAUGGACAUUUUUCUUUUUUCAAGUAUCAAAUAUUUGCCUUCCUACUCC